AUGGACGCCUCCUCCCUCCGCAUCUCCAAGUUCGAUGGAACUAACUUCCACGCCUGGAAGUUCAAGAUGCAGAUGGUGCUGGAGGAACGGGACCUAUGGGAGGUCGUCAGCGGUGAGAUCAAGGCGGAACAGUGCGAGACUCAGUUGGACCAAGCGACGUACAAGAGGAAGUCAAGAAAGGCGAUGGCAGUGAUCUGUCUAGCCAUGGAAGAUUCCCAGCUACCGUUGGUCCGGUCGGCAAGUGGUGCAUGCGACGCAUGGUCAAGGUUGGAAGACCACUUCGAGAAGAAGAGUCUUGCCAACAAGCUGUUCUUGCGCCGUCGCUUCUUCACGACAAUGAUGGAAGAAGGCGACGAUGUGCUCGAACACAUCAACAAGCUCAAGACGCUGGCGGAACAGCUAGAAGCGGUGGGGGCUCCAGUCUGCGAGGACGAUCUGGUGAUCACACUCCUCGGCAGCCUGAGUGACUCGUAUCAAUUCUUGAUCACAGCUUUGGAGUCGCGCUCAGACACUCUUAGCUGGGAGCUCGUGACGUCUCGACUGCUUCAUGAAGAAAUGAAGCGGAAGGAGCAAGGAAGUAAAGGUGAUGAAGCUUCGCAAGGUCAAGCGUUCAUCACAAGGGACAAUCAGCGCAAAGGGCGACCAGUGAAGAAGUCCUGGCCGUGCCACAAUUGCGGAAAGAUUGGUCACUGGAUGGCGGAGUGCCCCUCGCGCAUCCAAGAAAACACGGAGAGACACCGGCCACAGCGUGCUCAAGACAGCGGCGACCGCUAUCGAUCACAACGUGCAAACGUCGCUCAAGAAGAAGACUCGGGCGACUACCUCUUUUCGAUCGGUGAAACGACAUCUGCGAAAUCGAGCGACAUCUGGCUGGUCGACUCCGGGGCGACGCAGCACAUGACGUGCUCCAAGAAGUUCAUGCGGAACUACAAGGGGUUUGACGCUGUGGAUGUCCAUCUCGCGGAUGAUGGAAUCGUCCAAGCAAUCGGCAGUGGGGACAUUGUCAUGUCGAUGAAGACACCCCAAGGGAUGAAGAAAGGUGUGCUCACAAACGUGUGGCACAUCCCAAAGUUAUCCAGAAACCUGUUCUCGGUCGGCCGCUUCACCAAGGAUGUCGGCCCAGUGACGUUCACGAAGGAUGGGUGCUAUGGAGAAGCGAAAGGGACCAAGUGGAAAAUUGGUGCCCGUGAAGGUAAAGGACUGUUCAAGCUGCAAAUGACUCCAGUGGCGCCGGAACAAGCAAAUGCAGCCAAGUCGUCGGGAUGUCAAGGGGGCACCAAGUCGUACCUCUGGCACCUUCGGCUUGGCCACAUAGGUCACGAUGGACUCAAUUGCAUCGUGACGAAGAACAUUGGAAUUGGCAUCGACAUAUCUUCGGUGAAGAAGUGGGACGUGUGUGAAGGUUGUGCUCUGGGAAAACAGACUCGAGUGCGCUUCCAAUCAAACACUACAGCUCGCACCUCCAAACUCCUCGAAGUGAUUCACAGCGACGUAUGCGGACCGAUGUCGAUGGCAACUUUCAGUGGAAAACGGUACUUCGUGACAUUCAUUGAUGACAAGUCAAGAUACUGUGUCGUCUAUCUGCUCAAGAGCAAAUCUGAAGUUGCGGCGAAGUUCAUGGAAUACGCUGCGAUGGCCGAAACGCAAACCGGAAAGCGCGUGAAGUACCUUCAAAGCGACAAUGGGGGUGAAUACAAGUCCGACAAGCUGGCACGAUUCUGCGCGGAACGGGGAAUACAACAAAGGUUCACACCCCCAUAUACUCCUCAGCUAAACGGAGUAGCUGAGAGAAUGAAUCGCACGCUGGUCGAGUGUGCGCGUUGCAUGAUGGAACACGCUGGACUGGGAAAGAGCUACUGGGGUGAAGCAGUGAUGACGGCGAUGUUUCUUCGAAACCGCUGUCCAACACGUGCCAUUCACCAAGACAAGUCUCCAUAUCAAGUGUGGACGAUGAAGAAACCGAUUCUGGCCAACCUUAAAGUGUUUGGAUGCCAUGCGUAUGUUCAAGUGCCUCAAGACAAACGCGCGAAGUUCGACUCCAAGUCAUCACUCUGUCGUUUCCUGGGAUACGCCGAACACCAGAAGUCAUAUCGAUUUGAGGAAGUGUCAACAGGAGCGAUCAAGAUCAGUCGCGAUGCCACAUUCAUGGAAGACAAGUUUGAUGAAGGUCCGCGCAACUACAACGAUGAGUCAAGUGUCGUUGAGUUUGAUGAUCAUGAUGAGGACGAAGAAAAAAGAAGAAGGUAA